GGCCGGGAAGGCAUGUGGCAACUGGCCCUGGGAGUGUGGGCCGCAGAGUCUGAAGCGUGUCCUGUUCCCUGAGAUCCGUCGUCCCGGGGAGGGAGAAGGCAGGGCCUGAGUCACAGCCGAGGGAGGAAGGCAGCCCUGUGGGGCUCCUGCGUUUCCUCCUCCUUCCGUCCCACAUCUCUCCCGGAGCCUCUGGGCGUGGGCAAGCCAGGCUCAGAUGCACCCAGAGCAUUACUCUGGCUAGGCUCUUCCUCCUCUUCCUUUCGGAGCAAAACAAGGAGCAAGAGUCGGUCCUUCCAACCCGGUCUGGUCUUGGCAAUCUUUUCCUGGGCUGAUAAAAGAGAUGUCGACCUACAAGAGGGCAACCCUGGACGAGGAGGAACUGGUGGACGCCAUGGAGGGAGACGUCUAUCCCAAUGGGAUCCAGGUGAAUUUCCGAGGGCCGUCGAGUGGCAAGAACUGCUGGUCGCAGCGGACGCAGACCGAGAAGCGGCUCCUGGCGUUGACGGCGGUCCUGUUGGUCAGCCUCCUGGCCUGCAGCCUGGCCCUCUUCUUCCAGUACCGAUCCAGGCCAUGCCUGACCGAAGCUUGCAUCACAGUGACCAGCUCCAUCCUGAGCUCCCUGGACCGUUCGGUGGACCCCUGCGAGGACUUCUUCAGCUACGCCUGCGGAGGAUGGAUCAAGGCAAACCCCAUCCCUGACGGCCAUUCCCGCUGGGGCACCUUCAACAAGCUCUGGGAACACAACCAGGCCACCCUUAAGCACCUCCUGGAGAACGCCACGGCCAACGUGUCCAGCGAGGCCGAGCGCAAGGUCCAGCGCUACUACCAGUCCUGCAUGAACGAGACCAAGAUCGAGCAGCUGAAGGCCAAGCCCCUCAAGGACCGCAUCCAGAAGCUUGGGGGCUGGAAUAUCAGCGGUCCCUGGGAGGGGUCCGACUUCAACAAGACCCUUCUGGAGGCGAUGGCCCACCACCACGUCUCCCCCUUCUUUGCCCUAUAUGUGAACGCCGACUCCAAGAACUCCAGCUGCAACAUCAUCCAGAUUGACCAGCCAGGAUUGGGCCUGCCUUCCAGAGAUUUUUAUCUCAAUAAGACACAGAAUGAGAAGGUGCUGACAGGGUACCUGGACUUCAUGGUGGAGCUGGGGAUGCUGGUUGGCGGGCAGGACGAGGCUGGCACCCGGAGGCAGAUGCAGGAGCUCCUGGAUUUCGAGACCACCCUGGCCAACAUCUCCACCCCCCUGGAGAAGCGCCGGGACGAGGAGCAGAUCUACCACAAGAUCACCGCCGGGGAGAUGAAGAGCCUGGCCCCUGCGGUGGACUGGAUGCCCCUCCUGAACGCCGUCUUCUACCCGGUGGAGAUCAACGAGUCGGAGCCGGUGGUGGUCUACGCCAAGGAAUACCUCGAACAAGUCUCCUACCUCAUCCUCAACACGGACGCGCGCAUCUUGCACAAUUACGUGGUCUGGCAGCUGGUGAGGAAAGGGGCCGCCUUGCUGGACGAGCGUUUCCAAGACGCGGAGGAGAAGUUCCUGGAGGUCAUGUACGGGUCUAAGAAGACCUGCCUCCCUCGCUGGAAGUACUGCAUCAGCGACAUAGACAACAACCUCGGCUUUGCCCUGGGCGCCAUGUUUGUCAGAGCCACUUACGCCGAAGACAGCAAAGCCGCCGCUGAAAUGAUGAUUUCGGAGAUCAAGCAAGCCUUUGAGGAGAGUUUGGCCGGCCUCCGCUGGAUGGACGAAGAGACCCGGAAAUCGGCCAAGGAGAAGGCCGACGCCAUCUACGACAUGAUCGGGUACCCCAAGUUCAUCAUGGACCCCAAGGAGCUGGACAAAGUCUUCAACGACUAUGACGCCGUCCCCGACCUCUACUACGAGAACGUCAUGCAGUUCCUCAACUUUUCCGCCCGAGUGGCUGCUGACCAGCUCCGGAAACCCCCCAACCGCGACCAGUGGAGCAUGACUCCUCCGACGGUGAACGCCUAUUAUUCCCCCACUAAGAAUGAAAUCGUCUUCCCAGCCGGGAUCUUGCAGACCCCCUUCUACACCCGAAAUUCCCCCAAGGCCCUCAAUUUUGGUGGGAUCGGCGUAGUGGUGGGCCAUGAAUUGACUCACGCCUUUGACGAUCAAGGCCGGGAGUACGACAAGGACGGCAACCUGCGUCCGUGGUGGAAAAACUCCUCGGUGGAAGCCUUCAAGAAGCAGACGGAGUGCAUGGUGGAGCAGUACGGAAACUACACCGUCAACGGGGAGGCCAUCAAUGGGAAGCACACCUUGGGGGAGAACAUCGCCGACAACGGGGGGCUCAAAGCCGCCUACCGGGCUUAUCAGAACUGGGUGAGGAAGAACGGAGAGGAGGAGACGCUGCCCACGCUGGGCCUCAGCAACUACCAGCUCUUCUUCGUUGGGUUCGCCCAGGUCUGGUGCUCCGUCCGCACCCCAGAGAGUUCGCACGAAGGACUUGUCACCGAUUCCCAUAGUCCGUCCCGCUUCCGGGUCACCGGGACCAUCUCCAACUCACGGGAGUUUUCGGAGCACUUCCGUUGCCGGACGGGGUCCCCGAUGAACCCCCCGCGGAAGUGCGAAGUCUGGUGAAGCUUCUUUCUUGACGCCAAGGAGAAAAGGGAAGCCGGGGAGGGAGGACUGUGGGGGACCCCAACCGGGACAGGGCUCGCUUCAAGCCUUCCUCUGUUUCAAGGAGCAAAGCGGGACUCUGGGACCCUCCUUCCUUCCUUUGGUUCUUAUCUUAUCACACUAAGGGAUGCCUUUCUUUGCCGGAAGGGAUCCCUGGUCCAAAGUGCCACCUGAACUGAUGCACUGUGAAACUCCCCCAAAAAACCAAACCAAGGCUUCUUGAACUGCCAGGAUGGUGAUCCUGUGUAUCCCAACUUGCUGGAAGCACGUAAGACAGGCACCUGUCCUUUUCUAAGAAGGACUGACUAGUUGGUUUCCAUGCCCUUACAGGGGGAAAUGGGCUUUUCUUAUCUUGCAUGGGCUUGGAAGCACUGUUUGUCUGACUCCAAGCCUCCUCCGCUCACCAACAACACCUGCAAGGACAACCACCGAGAAGAGAGGAGAAGUUAUAUUUUGCUCGUGUCCUUAAGCAAAGCCUGCCUCACCACCAAAAUCACAUAUGAACAUACAAAGACACACACACACCGUGCCGAAACGUUUUGUAAGAUAUUCUGGGGGACGUGUUGCUUUUUUAAAUCUUGCGGAACACUGGAAAUUUCAGGGAAAAUGUAUCGAAGUUAGAUAUAUAUAUAUAUAUAUAUAUAUAUAAUUACUCUCUGUGUGUGUGUGUGUGUGUGUGUAUAUAUAUAUAUAUAUAUAUAUAUAUAUAUAGAGUGAGUGGGUUGGUAUAUUUAUUACUAUGUGUGUGUAUGCAAGAGCAUCCACUCUGCUUAAAACCAAAGGGCAACACCAGGAGGUCUUAAUGUGGGUCUUGUCGCUCUCUCCCAUCCCUUUCCAAAACUCCAGACCCCGGCUCCCUUUGUUUGGAAGAGCCUAAAUGUGGGGAAAGUACCUUUUGAACUACAACUCCGGGGGUCGGGUGGACACCAUCCUGCGUAGCUACAAUCUGUAUUGACUGGGAUGAGAUAGAAUUGGGGGAGUUGUUGUUUGGAAAAGGAACCUUAAGAUACAGGGAGAAUCUCUACAAAAUGAACAUCAGCCUCCGUAGGAAAUCCCAUGGAGUCAGCAGUGGCUCCAUCACUUACUGCAGCCACCAGCUUGCAAUUCACCAUACGCUUUCCGCAAAGGCCUUGCAAGGUCUUCUUCCAGUUGCUUUAUGGUAAGAUGCACCCAUUCCAAACUUGCCAUUCUGUGGCUGGCCCAACAAUACAGACCCCACCAUCUCCAUCCUUGGGAGCUGUCUGUUUUAUGGGAAAGAGAAGUGUUUUGCCAUUUCCUUCGGAACCAAGCUCCUUCCCUUGUUCUGGCGGAUCCAGAGUCACAAGAGAGAAAUUGGACCCUCCAGAAGGUAUCCUCAAAAGCCUUGUUGAAGAAAUCACCAGCAGUUUGUUUGCCCAAACACACCUUUUGGGUGAAGCCCACCCGCCUACCUGAAGUCCACUUCUGUGGCCUUUGCUUGCUAACAGUUAGCAAAUUUAGAAGAGAGACCAAAAUGGAGCCUUAUUAUGAGAUUCACCUGUGGCCUUGUCAGGGGACUCUGCCAUUCGGAGCGGUCGGGGGCAAAACAUGGAGACCGUGGUCACAGAUGGAAGACCCUUUGUCCUCUGGCUCUUGCAGGCCAACUUCCUUGAAGAAAAGGGUGAUGUCCGUUCUUCCUUCCUUCUCCUUUCGGCGUGUGGGGCCAGCGGCUCCUGCGAACCCCAAAAUGGGCUGAACUCCACUUGUGCGACUGUGUUUGCCAGGAACGAAAGAUCUCUUCUACCUUUUAAUUUUUCUAGCCAGGCUUUUGUGCCUGGAAUUGAAGGAAGAAGGAAGAAGGCAGGGCUGUCAUAUUGAGGCAGGUGCCUCUGCAAAAACAGAGAGGCCUUCUUUCCCAAGAGUUUGCAAGACCUGGGCUUCUGCGGCUUAACAAUUCGGCUUACGCUUCGCUCUCCUUUGGGGCUUUGAGAAAGUAGAAACCCCAUCGCAAGGUCUUGUGUGGGCCUUUCCUUCAGCAAGCCUUUGGUCGUGGAGGAAUUGAUCUACUUCAAUGUCACUUGCUGAACUUCAUAGGGUUGUGAAGCUGCCACAACUCCACUGGGACUGAUGUGGGUGCGCAGGGAGGCCAAAAAGGAUUCCUUGGCAGAGCAAGAGCUCAGAAACCCUUCUUCUCACGCUGACACACACACACACACACACACGCUGUGUUCCUCAAGAGUGCCUUGUGAAAGUGAGAUGGGAAACAACACCCAAAUUGCAAAAAAUGAUGCUGGGGAGAGAUGCAGAGAAGAAGAUGUGAGGUUGCAGAUUGGAGAGCUGUGUGGCGUUCCUUCCAGUGCCUUAAUGCCAGGGCUGCCCUUGAAAAGCAAAGCGAUCCUGGGCCCAUAGCAGAAGCACACAGUGCCUGAGAUCGGAGGCUGGGUGGGAAAGCCCUCCAGACGCCUUUUGUCCUUAUUUUAGGUAUUUUAAGAGUAUUCCUGUAUGAUCCCCCAGCCCAGAAUGGCUCCAAAGGUGCUGAUCGAGUAAAAGCCAAUUGAAGCGAUGCAAAGAUAGAACGGCUUUUAAGAUGGCCUCCUGCUCCUGUCAACACCAAAGAGAAUGGCUAAAUGGAAGGGAUGGUGGGGGAUAAGAGUCCACACUGUCUGCCCCAAAGCAAAUGGAAAACAUGGACUGUGUUGAUCUGCAGCCAAUAAAAAGUGCUCUCACACAAAUGCUGUCAUCGCCCCAAGUUCCUUGGGAGCCGCGGCAGUUAAAGCACUAUCAAACCGCAUUAAUUUUGCAGUGGAGACGCAGCCUGAGUCUGGGUUGAAGAUCAGGAAAGAAGGCUCCCAGGCCAAGGGAGGGUCUCCGUGGUGGAUCUUGUAAUACUGUACUGACAUGUUUGGGGUUGGGAGGAGACUAUUAAAGCUUCUUUGUUGUCAUCUCCACUCAUUUUUGGAUGAUUGUAAUUUGGAAAUAAAAAAGCUUUUAUUGGGUUUUAUACAACCAGG